GCUUCGCACCCGAGCCUCUCAUCUGUCAAUCAACCAUGUGGUUCAUCAAUCUAACUUUGCUCGUUCUCAAACUGUCUGUGUCUGCGGAGGGAUUCUCCACGUGCCAAUCCUACAACUUGGACGACCACAAAUCUAAAAGGAUCGAGGCGGUGCGCGGACAGAUUUUGAGCAAGCUGCGCAUCCGGAGUCCUCCGGAUCCCGAAGCCAGCCCGCCACCGGAGUUGGUACCGGUGGAGGUGAUGUUACUUUACAACAGCACGAAGGAGCUGCUGAAGGAGCGCGCGCGCCAGGCCGAAGCCGCGUGCGAGCGGGAGAGCAGCGAGGAGGACUAUUACGCCAAAGAGGUGCAGCGGAUCAAUAUGAUGCCACUGCGCACAGAUACGAACUCAAUCAACCCGGUUUCUCAGAGCCCGUACUUCAAGAUAGUGGGCUUCGACGUCACCAACGUGGAGCGAAAUUCCAGUACUUUGGUCAAAGCAGAAUUUCGCAUCUUCAGAGCGCCAAACCCACAGGCGCGCACCACAGAGCAGCGUGUGGAAAUAUACCAGAUUCUCAAAUCUGACGACGUGACGGCACCGUCUCAGAGGUACAUCGACUCCAGAACAGUUGAGCCUCGUGCCAAGGGGGCGUGGCUUUCUGUCGACGUCACUGAGACUGUGAAGGAGUGGAUGGCGUUCAGAGAGAGGAAUCUCGGACUCAAGAUCAGCGUUCACUGUCCCUGCUGUACAUUCAUCCCUUCCACAAACAAUAUCGUCCCUAACAAGAGUGAAGAGUUGGAAGCCAGAUUUGCAGGCAUUGAUGACGACCUUAUAAAGCAGAACAGAAGACCAGGCAUGACUAAAGGACAGAUUGAAUUCAGCACAAAAACUCCCCAUUUGAUACUCACCCUGCUGCCCACCGACCGUCUGGACAAUCCCACCAAGAAACACCGCAAGAAGAGAUCAGCAGCAGACACAUCCAUAUGCUCACGGACUGAUCAGGGCUGCUGUCUGAGGUCUCUGUAUAUCGAUUUUCGUCGGGACUUGAACUGGAAGUGGAUCCACGAGCCAAAAGGGUACAAAGCUAAUUUCUGUGCAGGGAACUGUCCUUACCUAUGGAGCGCAGACAGCCACUACAACAUGAUUAUCCCGCUGUAUAAUAAAAUGAAUCCAGAAGCAUCAGCAUCUCCGUGUUGUGUUCCUCAGGACCUGGAGCCCCUCACCAUCGUUUAUUUCCUAGGCCGAACCCCCCGUGUGGAACAGCUCUCCAACAUGGUGGUCCGGUCCUGCAAGUGCCGUUGAUGCAGUGGAGAGAGAAGACGGAGAACAGAAAACAGGUGGAUCGGAGGAGAGCAAACUAACAUCUCAAUGAACGGCAUCUUAAAGGGAAACUACACCCAAAAAUCAAAACUGUCCUCAUUUACUCACCCUCAUGCACUCUAAAAAA